UCUUAAAAAAUCUCACAAUCAUCACCAAAUCCCCAAAUUUUCCGAUCCCAAUCCCUCGCCAAAUCCGCCGAAUCGAUGCGCGCAGCCACGCUCCAGCCCCCGAACCAGGUCGCCGCGGCGCCGGAUGACGACGGAUGCGGCGAGCCCCUCCUCCGCCCCGCCGCCGUCGGCCUCGCCGGCGCGCUCCGGAAGAAGGCCGUGGGAGUGCGGUCGUGGCUGCUCCUCGACUCCACGGGGCACGCCAACUCUGUGGAGGUCGGGAAGCACGCCAUCAUGCGGCGGACCGGGCUGCCGGCCCGCGAUCUCCGGAUCCUCGACCCGCUCCUCUCCUACCCCUCCACCGUCCUCGGCCGUGAGCGGGCGAUUGUGAUCAAUCUGGAGCAUAUUAAGGCGAUCAUUACGGCGCAGGAGGUUUUCCUGCUCAAUUCCAAGGAUCCUUCUGUGAUUCCCUUUGUUGAUGAGCUUCAGAGGAGGAUUCUUCGCCAUCAUCAAGCCGUCAAAGCUCAGGAAGCUGGGGAUGGUGAGAGUGCAAACUGGACAAACUUAUAUGAUUUGGAAGGGCCUCACUCAAUGCCCGCAAGUCCUCCAGAUAGCUCCAAUAACUUUCCCAAUAAAGAAGAGGGAGAGAAGGCAGAUGGGAAAGAACAACUUGGGGAGAAUCGAGAUGGUCCGAAGCUGCUCCCUUUUGAGUUUGUUGCAUUGGAGGCAUGCCUUGAGGCUGCUUGCAGUUGCUUGGACAAUGAGGCAAGGACACUGGAGCAAGAAGCUCAUCCAGCACUUGAUAAACUGACUUCAAAAAUUAGUACUCUCAAUUUGGAACGAGUCAGACAGAUUAAAAGUCGCCUGGUUGCUAUAACUGGGCGCGUGCAAAAGGUGAGGGAUGAGCUAGAGCAUUUGUUGGAUGACGAUGAUGAUAUGGCAGAGAUGUAUCUAACAGACAAACUAGAUGGACAGCUUGCGUCUUCUUCUGUUUCUACUGUAGAAGAGCAAGAUGACCUGGACGAGGCUGACAUGGAUGACAGGACACCUGCUGAAAUAUUGGAGGGCACUGAGAGUGCUUAUGUUGGCCACCGGAACAUUACCAGCGAAGAGGCCUUGUUUGGCGGCCCUAACGCCCCAAGCAGACGCAGUCACGGUACCCAUACUAGUACGCAUAGUGCCAUAAGCAACAAGCUCGAUGUGGAGGAGCUAGAAAUGCUUUUGGAAGCGUAUUUCGUUCAGAUAGACGGUACACUCAACAAGUUAUCCACUCUGAGGGAGUACGUCGAUGAUACAGAGGAUUACAUCAAUAUUAUGCUUGACGACAAACAAAACCAUCUUCUUCAGAUGGGGGUUAUGUUGACAACAGCAACCCUUGUGGUGAGUGCGUUUGUGGUGGUUGCUGGGAUUUUCGGUAUGAACAUCACCAUCGAACUUUUCAAAGACGAAGUGCAUGGGAUGACGAGGUUUUUGUGGACUGUUGGAGGUGGCUCAGCCGGCACUGUCUUCCUAUACGUGAUUGCCAUCGCGUGGUGCAAACACAGACGGCUGCUGGAGUGAGUCUCUCGGGGUUGGUUGGUUGGUUCGUUGUCCUAAUUGUAUGAUACCUUUUGGUGAGAAAAUGUAAUAUACCUUCCUACAUUGUUCACUAAAUAUUUUUAUACUACUAUUAA